GUUGCUGUCUUGUGAGCAGUGUUUUUGUUUAACUUCCCAAAAUCCAGGUGACUUCCAUGGGACUGCUCGCUGCCUCCCAGGAGUGCUUCAGACAGCAAGAUGUCCAGCAGUAGUAGAAUGAAACCCUUGAAACUGAAUAUCCUAGUGAAUUGGUGAAGUUCCAGACCUGAUGCUUUCAGUGUCUUCUCUGUUCUCUAUGCUGUCAAUGUCCUGUUACAUGAACAACAGAGCUUUUGUUUGUGGGAAACAGAAGAGGUUGGUGUCUCUGGGGGAGACACCAAAGAUGAUUCAGGCAUGCUGAAGACUUCAGAAAAGUGAGCAAUGAGUCCUUCUGAAAGCUGAAGAGAAGCCCCCUUGCAGGGUCAUGAACCUAAGACAAGUCUUCGUGUCUGUACUGCUGUUUGGAGUAGCUGGUCUACUCCUCUUCAUGUAUCUGCAAGCUUGGAUUGAAGAACAGCAUACAGAGUCUGGAAAAAAGCUGCAACAAGAGACAAUUAAUCAGGAUUUCACGCUCCAGCCUCUGGGGAUGCCAAGGAAAGCAGCGUGGAGGAGAAGUGCUCCUGUGGGCCUCAGUAACCAUGAGAUGGCUGUCUCAAGCAGCAGGCACUGGCGGGGCAGGGCUGACCCUUUCGGUGUGGUGGCUGCCUCCUUGGGGAGCCGGCUGCCUGAGCAGCAGAAGACGAGUGCGUCCCCUCUCAGCUGGUUCAGAGGGGUGUAUUUACCUCCUGCUCUGCACCCAUUAAACAAGACAUUUGUCAAGGGUAGUGAGUGGCAGGACAUAGACAGCACCCAGGAAAAGCGCAGGGCCUUCCUGCAGGACUUCUGUAGGAAACACAACAGCAGAAAGAAGCUGCAAACCCACCUGGUGCACCUGGUGUCAAGAAUUUACGUAGAGGACAGGCACAAGGUUCUGUACUGUGAAGUGCCAAAAGCUGGCUGCUCCAACUGGAAAAGGGUCCUCAUGGUGCUCAGUGGACUCGCUGCUUCAGCAAACAACAUCUCCCAUGAUGAUGUGCACUAUGGAAAGCAUCUAAGGAAAUUGGACAGUUAUGACUUAAAAGGGAUCUACACACGAUUGAACAUGUACACCAAGUUUAUAUUUGUACGUGAUCCUAUGGAAAGACUGGUAUCUGCCUUCAGGGAUAAAUUUGAACAUCCAAACAGCUAUUACCAUCCAGUAUUUGGGAAGGCAAUAAUUAAAAAGUAUAGACAUAAUGCAGAUGAAGAAGCACUGAAAACAGGAUCAGGAGUUAAGUUCAAGGAGUUCAUCCAAUAUUUGCUGGAUUCCCACCGACCAGUAGGAAUGGACAUUCAUUGGGAGCAAGUCAGUAAGCUCUGCUAUCCCUGCCUCAUCAACUAUGAUUUUAUAGGAAAGUUUGAAACCCUGGAAGAAGAUGCCAACUACUUUCUGCAUCUGGUAGGUGCUCCAGCCAAUCUGAAGUUCCCUAAAUUCAAAGACAGACAUUCCUCUGAUGAGAGAACAAGUACAGAAGUAGUGAGGCAAUAUUUAAAGGAAUUGUCUGAGGAGGAGAGACAGCUGACCUAUGACUUCUAUUACUUGGAUUACUUAAUGUUCAAUUAUACAUCACCACUUGUAUAGCACUAGAAUAGCUUCAGGCUUCUACUAGAUACUUAUCAUGUUGGGAUUCAAAACAACUACUUUGAUAUUAGCCCUGAAAGGAAACGAAGUUACUGCUAAAUAGAGUUGUCUUGAAUUAGUGGGGAUUUUAUAAGCUAGAGUGAUAUCAAUUUAUACUAAAUUAUGGAGAAUGCAAAGAAAAAAAGACCAGUAAACAGCAUAAAUUGCACUAAAAUGCCUGAAAAAGCUCUUUUUACCAUUAUGGAUUAUUCUAUGGAAGAAGUAGCUCAGACAGCUGUUGCAUUAGCUUACCUAAUGUUCUUUUAAUGGUUUAAGAAAAAAAAUUCAGAGUGGCAUGAUUCUUUUUUUGGUUUGCUUUAGAAAUGGGUUUUGAAAAAACUUUUGAAUGUAUUUUUACUUUCUGUCACUUAUUAA